AUGGCCUUCUGGCGAGAAGUCGGCCUGCAACUACGCCAUGCGAAAUCCACAAAUCGUUUGGCUCCAUCGCGGAGAUUCCUAAGUCAGUCGACACCAUCAUGGCGGACAACUCCGUCCAGUUCACGGAAAACCCUACAGCCCUCGUGGCCAGCCCAGCGCUCGUUCACGGCCACCGCACAGUCUUCUCAUGGUCACAUUACGCCGCCAAAGCCCGGCGAGGAGAUCAAUGUAUCCUUCAUCGAUAAGGACGGCACGAGGAUUGACCUUCAGGUCGCGGAAGGCGACAACCUACUAGACAUUGCGCAAGCAAACGAUCUGGAGAUGGAAGGUGCCUGCGGUGGUUCCUGCGCCUGCUCGACGUGCCAUGUUAUCGUGGAAGACCCCGACAUGUUCGAUAAGAUGGAAGAGCCUUCCGAUGACGAAAAUGACAUGCUGGACCUGGCCUUUGGACUGACGGAAACCUCUCGACUGGGCUGCCAGGUCCUCAUGAACAAACAGCUGGAUGGACUGGUCGUGCGGUUGCCAGCCAUGACGCGGAACUUGCAGGCGAGCGACUUUGAGGGCAAAUAA